AUGUCAGGUCUUUGCGCCAUUGGCCGGUAUGGGGUUGUGUUUGCCCUGCUCCUGAAGUCCUUCUCAGUUGCUCCUGGGCUUGGAGGCCCGCCACCGGAUCCAAGCCUCUAUACCGCCCGGUGCCAGCAAUGUUGGCAAGUCGCCGGCAGUCCGUCCGAGUUCAUAAACACCAUGUACAAGACCAUCACCUUCAAUUUCUAUCCUUGCAGUGCUAUAAGUCAUGACCGCACCUGCCGUCAGACCUUCCGCCUUCAACGGUACUGCUGCGUAAGAUGCUGGCACUUUGUCAAUGUCAGUCUGGGAGGUGGAUGCCCCGUCCACGGCCAGCUCACUCAAUACAUUCCUCGAGAACCCCGGCAAGCCCUAGGAUAG